AUGACAAAAACUAAUGAUCAAACAGCGCCUGGUCAUGUCAAACAAAUUUGUCAAAAUUUUUUAUUACAUUCGGAUUCAGGUUUAGCUCAUCGAUUACAACAAGAAGAAUUUGCUCUACAUUUUGAUCGAAAUCGUACACAUCGACGCGAUUCGCGUCAAGGUGUAAAAACUGCUCGCAGCGUUGAAGAAGAAGAAAAACGAACUUUGGUUGCAAGACAAAUAGAUUUUUAUCAACAACAACACAAAAUAGAAGAAAAUGAUGUUGCAUUAGCACAACAAUUACAAGAGGAAAUGAAUAUUCAAUCAAAUUCAAUAGAUCGAACUGUUUAUAAUAAUCAUAAUCAUUCUUCUGGUGAUCAAAAUUAUUACGAAGACAUUGGUGAACUAUCAACAUCUGAUGAUACAAGUAGUGAUGAACAACUAGCACGAGUUUUACAAGAACAAGAACAAUUAUUGUCUUCUUCUAAUGGUUCGCGUUUUAAUGCAACAUUUAUAUAA